CGCCGGCUCCGGCGACGAACCGCCGCCCACCGAUAAGGAGGAGCUCCGGCUGCAGCAUCCGGUGAGUUUCCCGUUCCCGUCGUCCUCUGAAUUGAUUUCUUCCUUCCGUUUCUUUUCCUCCCUAAUUUCCUCCUCCCCGAUCCACGUUUCGGUUCUAGUGGCCUGUUCUUGGAGCAAUGCUAGUGCUGGUGCUCGCGCAAGUGCUAGUGGUAGUGUAGGAUCUGCAACCACGACUGAUAUAAAAUCCAAAUGGCUGAACUCAUUGAACAUGAUGAUUUGGUCUUUGUGCGCUCAAAUCUGAGACACGUCAAGCAAAAAUAAAAGCAUAGAGACUAGGAGAAACAAGAAUGUGGGAUGUAGGCGAUCCAUUCGACCUAUUUCUUAUUGUUGCGAACUUUGCUAUGUAUUGUUUCUUAUUUAUUUAUUUUUAAAAAAAUUUGAAACGUAUCCACGUAUCGGUGGUUUUGGGGGAAAUGUCGUAUCGUAUCGGCCUCAUACUGAUACGCGUAUCCGUAUCCGUGUAACAUACCAUUUUUUAAAUGGUUAAAAUAAAAUGUUUCAAUUGUUGUAUUUCAGUAUACUUAAAUAAUGAGGUAUUGAUUAUGUUUAAUUGUAUAUAGACAUCGAACAGAAGAUUAUAUUUUGGUAUUUUGGCAAUAUAGAUAUCAAAGAAUAAAAAUCAAUGCUUCACUAUCCAUUAUGCAUUGGGCUGUAUUUAGGAUGUUGUGGCCUUGUUUGAUCCCUUUUCCAUUCCAAUUUGUUCAGUUACCUUAUGAUCUAAAAUGCUGUAAUGAGACCGACAUUUGAAAGGAUUACUUUGAUCCCUAGGUGACGUGGAUAUUUAGCUCCUUCUGUACUUCCCUUUAUUCAAAAAAUGGAAAUCUAAAGCUCGACUGUAUUUUAUCUUCAAUCCUUCACCUGAUAACAUUUUGUAGUGUUCUUGCAAGAAGAAAAAAUAUUAUAGAAUGUCGCAGAUAUAUAGAAUGUAUUUUGCACUUCAGUCCUCUGGUAGGAUCAAGACUUUGAAAGGUGUGAGUAGCAUGUUCAACAAAUGUUAAAUCUUUGGCACAUGGAAUUUAAAUAUGACGGUGGAAGGUUUUAUAGAACAUCUCUUGUACAGUUGGGCUCAGCUUUAGUAGAAAUUGUAUAUUAGCGUAUCACUAGCUGUGUUAACUGUUAAGUAUUGUGGCCUUUUCUUUUUAUAUAUCUUUUUAGGUGAUAGGCACUACAGUCUUAUGCUUUGCUUGUUGCACACCAGGUAGUGCAAUGAAGGUCAAGAUUCUUCAGUGGCAUACGGUAGCUUUUUGGACGUGGGAUGCACAAGAUGAGACAUGUGGCAUAUGCAGGAUGGCAUUUGAUGGCUGCUGCCCUGACUGUGAGUUCCCUGGUGACGAUUGCCCGCUGAUCUGGGGUGCCUGCAACCAUGCUUAUCAUCUUCACUGCAUACUGAAGUGGGUCAAUUCUCAAACAUCUACACCCCUUUGCCCCAUGUGCCGUAGAGAGUGGCAGUUUAAGGGCUAAGGCACAAGGACACAUCUGGAGCUGUAUUAUCACCAAGUGGCUUCCAUUUCUCAUUGGAGAAUGCUGUAUUAUUUAUUUAUUUUCUGAAAAGUAGAAAUCCUGAUUGUCAGCACCUUCAUAAGUGACCCUGUGUAUGCCUUUGACUUUGUGACGAAGCAAGUGAACCACAGCUAGGCACCUGCUGAAGUGACACAGUACGCUCCCUGAUUU